AUGGCCGCUCACAGUAGCACUGCUUAUACCAUGGGAGUCGGUGACGGUCAAGGCCGCGGGUACCCCCACGGCCUUGUAGGCUUCCAUUGCAGGGGCUGCGCCGAGCUCCAUUUCCAGGUUCCGCGACUGGUGGCAGAUAAUGCGGAUCUUCGAGCAGCCCUGAAUGCCGUGCAAGCAUUACUCGAGGCGCAGGCCGUCGCCGCCACGAACGUCCUUGAGCACCUUCGGGAGGUCGCUUACGGGCACGCCGCCCCACCAGCCCCGGCUCCUGCCGCCGCGGACCUUCUUCAGGCAUCUCAGGCUCCCGCCGUCGCGUAUGUCGCCGAGCUGCCAGAGGAUGACACCGUAAACGUCGUGAACGUCGACGCCAAUGUGGCCUAA